CUCCGAUUCUGUCCCUUCAGGGAUCGGCAGUUGAUGACUCCGCCUCUCAGCUCACCAGGUUCCUCUUCACCGAUGUUCGGUGAUGGGCAGCUGUGACUGACCGAAAGCGCUCUCCGAGGUGUGAGUGAGGUGGGACCCCACAUUGGGACCAACCCCACAUUGUUAACGGAGGUCGGUCGCGGAGCCUAAAGAGUGCCCAAAGGGAAGGAACGGUUGUGGGCGUCUUUCAGGUUAAUCUGAUGGGAGGGAGAAGAUAGAGCUAGGCAGCAGGGGUAUAGCUAAGCAAUUAACUGUUGAGAGCAGAAUGUUGCCGCCUCCCUCCUUCGUAAUGAUUUGAGGAGAGGAUAGGAAGAAAAGAACCCCCACCUUUUUCUUCCAUCCUGAUUACGAAGGCGGUAAGGUUGGGGCAAGACGGUGGGUGAUCCGUGUGCCUGGGACCUUGGGUUUCUGCCCCUCCAUUUGCCAACGGAGCAAGGUAGGUUCCUGGCCAACCUAAAACCUACUACCCGUAGAAAGUAACAAAAAGUUGUCUUAAAACUUAUUUACCUACCUGAAGUUGCUUUUCUGCCUGCGCGGCCUGCUGCUGCCGGAGUUUAUUCAAUCUGCGCAAAAGUGAUAACGAAAACUAAGCCGACUGUUAACGCGAAGGACGGACACGAAGCACGCGACCUACGCCCGUUCCCCCCCACCUUUCCGAACCGACGCCAGAGACAGUUAGAGAGAGAGAGGGCAAGAAGAGUAGUCAAGAUGUUGAAGAUAUGGUCGAUGAAAAAGGAGCAGCAAAAGGCUGAGAACUCCGAUGGUGCUGCCGCUGGUGCUGCUGGAGGGCCAAAGAAGAAGAAGGUUACUGCGGCGCAAUUGCGUGUGCAGAAGGACCUCAGCGAACUCUCCCUCGGCACAACGAUGCGAACCGACUUCCCCGACCCGGACAACAUCCUCUCGUUUAUUCUGUAUAUCGAGCCCGACGAGGGCAUGUACAAGGGGGGCCGGUUCUCCUUCACGUUCAACAUCACGCCCAACUUUCCGCAUGAGCCCCCCAAGGUGCAGUGCCGGGAGAAGAUUUACCACCCCAACAUUGACCUGGAGGGGAAGGUGUGCUUGAAUAUUCUGAGGGAGGACUGGAAGCCGGUGCUGAACUUGAAUGCGGUGAUUGUGGGGUUACAGUUUUUGUUUUUGGAGCCGAACGCGAGCGACCCGUUGAAUAAGGAGGCGGCGGAGGAUUUGAGGAGUAAUAGGGAGGGGUUCAAGAGGAAUGUGAGGAGCGCGAUGAUGGGGGGGAGUGUGAAGGGGGAGGGGUUUGAUAGGGUUGCUAUUUGA